GCCAAUUGGGUCAUUUUGUUUUUCGGAAUUUGUUUUUCUUUUCCUUUUCCUUUCUUUUAUUUUAUUUUUUGAUACUUUUGGUUUUUUUUUAUACUUUUGGAUCAUACUAGUACAAACCGCAAAAUAAGUAAUUUGGGUCCCCCCAAAAGAUUGAAUCUUUUGCUGUUCUUUAGUUCUGAUGGAAACCCAGAAAAAAGAAAAGUAAAAGAAUUUCUUAAGGGUAUAAUUUUUACUGGGAAGCAUCAAGAAAAGCAAGUUCUUCAAUAGACGAGACACUAGGGUUUUGGUGAUUUUGGAUUCUCUAAAGUGGGUUUUGGUGCAAAAUUGUUGAGGUUAGUUUCUCUUUCAUGGUAUAAAGAGGGUUAAUUUUUGUCCCCUUUUUGUUUGGUGUAAUUAUUUUGCUAAAGAAGUGAUUUGGUAUGCUAUUGAGUGCCUUUUGAGCUUGAAUUAGUAUCUGGGUUGGUUAAAUUUUGUGGGUUUAAGUUUUAGUCAAGAUGGUUUUUUGAUUUGGUUGUGAAAGAUAUAUAAGGGUUUGUUUGAUUAAGUCUACUUUGGUUACCAAGCUUAUAUUUUUGAAUGAUAAAGUAGUAUAUGCUAACUGUUUGUGACAACUCUUUGGUGAAUUUGAUAGUUUUGGGAGUUUAAUUUCCUGUGAUUCAAAAGCUUUCAAUUGGUUGCUAUAUUUUGCGUUUUGGUUAGCAAUGUUUAAACAAAUACUCAGUAAGAUUCCAAGGAAAUCGUCGAAAUCAUCGGAGACUCGAGAGCAUAAAAGUGUUUCUGGUGGUUUGAAUGCGUCCAGCAGUGUCAGAAAGAGUGAUUUAGGGUCUAAUAAGACUAGUAACCAGCAUAAUCUAGGUGCUAAUGGUGCUUCAAAUGUGGGGCAAAAUCAAGGAAAGAAAGUUCCUAGAACUGUGGAAUCAAUGGUGAAUGGUGUUACCUUAACAUCUUAUGAAGCACUGCCGAGUUUUAGGGAUGUUCCGAGCUCGGAGAAGCAGAGCUUGUUUAUGAGAAAGAUUCAUAUGUGCUGUGUUCUAUUUGAUUUCCACGAUCCAACGAAGAAUUUGAGAGAGAAAGAGAUAAAGAGACAAACAUUGUUGGAACUUGUAGAUUAUAUUUCUUCAGCGAAUGUGAAGUUUUCGGAAAAUGUAAUGCAGGAAGUUAUAAAAAUGGUCUCUGUAAACUUGUUUAGGUCUCUUGCCGCUCAGCCUAGAGAAAACAAAGUUAUAGAGGCCUUUGAUGUCGAAGAGGAAGAGCCUUUAAUGGAUGCAUCAUGGCCUCAUUUGCAAAUAGUGUAUGAGUUCUUGUUGAGAUUUGUGGCAUCUCCUGAGACUGAUGCUAAAUUAGCCAAGCGGUAUAUUGAUCAUUCCUUUGUGUUGAAGUUGUUAGAUCUUUUUGAUUCUGAAGAUCCUCGUGAAAGAGAAUAUCUGAAAACGAUUCUACAUCGGAUAUAUGGGAAAUUUAUGGUGCAUCGCCCCUACAUUAGAAAGGCAAUUAACAACAUAUUUUAUCAGUUUAUUUUCGAGACGGAGAAACAUAAUGGGAUUGCUGAACUUUUGGAGAUACUUGGGAGCAUCAUUAAUGGAUUUGCUCUGCCAUUAAAAGAGGAGCAUAAGCUCUUUCUUGUUAGGGCACUCAUACCUUUGCAUAAACCGAGGUGCUUGCCUAUGUAUCACCAACAAUUAUCUUACUGCAUCACACAAUUUGUUGAGAAAGAUUGCAAGCUUGCUGAUUCUGUAAUUAGAGGGCUAUUGAAAUAUUGGCCUAUCACCAAUAGUUCUAAGGAAGUGAUGUUUUUGAGUGAAUUGGAAGAAGUUUUAGAAGCCACACAAAUGCCCGAAUUCCAGCGAUGUUUAGUGCCCUUGUUCACUCAAAUUGCCCGUUGCUUGAACAGUUCACAUUUUCAGGUUGCAGAACGGGCACUUUUCCUGUGGAACAACGAUCACAUUGAGAACCUGAUCAAACAAAACUGCAAAGUUAUCUUACCCAUCGUCUUCCCUGCGCUGGAGAAGAAUACGCGAAAUCACUGGAAUCAGGCCGUUCAUAGCUUAACCCUCAACGUUCGAAAAAUUUUCUCAGACCUCGAUCCCGAUCUCUUUGAGGAGUGUUUGAAAAAGUUUCAGGAAAACGAAUCAAAGGAAGCAGAAAUGAACGCUAAACGUGAAGCAACAUGGAAAAGGUUAGAAGAAAUUGCUGCCGAAAAAGCAAAAAGUACCGAACCAGUCCUGAUCCCCCUCAUCUUACCUACUCGUACGACUUCUGGUUCCAGUAUUUGAUCCACGCAAAAACGAGUCCUUUUUUAAAGUUUGCAUAAGUGGUCUCAAUUUUUUCCGACGCCAACUGAAUCAACUGAUGAAAUAUAAUAGAAUCCGGGGGGUUAGAGUGCCGAUGUUCAUUGAUUUAUUUUUUUAGUACCCUCGUUUAUUUGUGGCGAAAAGUCGAGACUCAAGAGGAAAGGGAAAGAAAAUUCGAGUUUAGCCAAUGUUUGUAGCUCUUAUGUUAUGGUUUCUGAAACUCUACAGUUAGAUUUACUUAGGACUAAAAAAGUAUGGGUAGAUACUAAUUGAACAGAGGAAGGGAAUGGCAUAAGAUUAGAAUUUUGUGGAAUUUGGCAGCAGUUGAAGAUUGUACAGUACAGUUGUGAUAUUAUUCCUUGUUUGGCUUUAUAUAAUUAUUAUGCCUGCUUUCAGAGUUGUGUUUUGUUUGUGUGGUUGGAGAAUUUUAAAUGCAACCAAACAUUUCUCAACAAUUGAUUUUCCAAAAGAGACUAUUAAGGUGGAGAAUGUUGUAUAGUUCAUUCAGGUCGAUAUCAGGUUAAGUGUUUCGAUUGGUUUAUAAUUGGGUAUUCUGUCUAUGUUUAUUUUUAAAUAAUUGUAAAUGUAUUUUGAAGUUGGGUAAAAUUGGGUUCAAUUAGAAUGUAAGGGUACAUAUCGGAUCAUUAUAUUUGUUUUGAACACUUAUAAUUAUAGUGUAAUUGUACUUCUUUUCUUUUUCUUUUCAUCAUAUAUACUAAUGACUAAUGAGCAUUGGAGUACGCUAGCCUAAAAGUGGAU